CCGGGUGUGCCUUUGCCAGGCAUUAUGGCUUAUGACUUUGGCUAUCACCCCAGCGCCGAGGAGUUUGACAGUCUGCUGCGUGAGACACGCAGCUGGACACGCGACCAGCUGGCGAACGGGCGUCGUCGUGGGGACUUCUUUGUGCCCCGCUACAGCUAUAGAGAGCCGGCGAAUCCUCAAUCCGAGUUAAACUUUCAGCUAUUUGACACUGAUGACAUUGCAGAGGAUCAGCAACACGAUCAGCAACAGCAGCAACCAUUUGUCUAUGAAUUGCCACAGAUGGAGCCAUCGCAGCAGGUGCAAUCGAAUCUGAUUAUGAUUCAUGAUAAUCCAGCCGAAGCUGCAGCAACAACAACAGCAGCAGCAGCAGCAAAUGACAGCAGUUUACCCAUAUUCUUUACAAAUCCGGCAACUGGCAUUGUUUAUGCCAUCAGCGAGGUGGGUCGCCACACAAAGUCGCCGGGCAAUGGCAACGAUAGCAAUGCCAUUGAGAUUUAUGUGACCAAGGCGCAAUACGAUGCGGAUCUGCUGGCAUUGCAACAGCGCUACGAACAGCAGUGUGCCCCAAUUCAAGCCCAAUCGCAAUCGGUGCUGUCAACGCCCAGUUUGAAGCGUCCCGUUUCGAGUACAGCACGUCCGCAGAUAAUUCGCUUGCAGCGUCCUAAGAAGCCACAAGUUGCAACAUCAGCGACAUCAGCGAGCGGCAACAACAAGUUGAUCCACCGCCCGCCACCCGUAAUGGUGGUCAGCAGCAAUGCGUCCAGCGUAAGCGAUCAACUGUUCAAGCUGCCAACGAUCAAGAAGACCCCGAUCCGGACCAGAACGACGACCACGUCCAGGCCCAAGCGCAAGCGUAAGAAAAAGCUGAAGAAGCCAAAGACGCCAAAGCGACAACCUGGCCACAAGUUGCCGGCAACAACAACAACAACGGUGACAGGUCCACAAAUUGUGCUGGGCAAGCGAACGACGACCCAAAGACCAACGACGACAACAAUAACAACAACUGACCAACACCAACUGGCCACGCAGCUGGAGAAGCCGCACAUGCCACAGCCAACAAGAGUUGCAGUGGCUGCUGCCAACGGCAACAUAUUCAACGACCAGCCUUUUGUAGUUUCCCAUGGCUACAUUGAGUUGCCAGCGGUGCAUCAACCACGACGACGACGACGAAGACGCUCUGUGGAGCCGGCCAGAAGAUUGGUGGAGUCCGUGGGCGCCAGACCCAUCAGCAGUGGUCGGCCAAGGAGCAGUGGUCGGCGGCGGAGCACCGGCAGGAGCAGCAGCAGCAGCAGCAGCGGCAAACGCACAAACAAGCGGCAAGGUUCAACGGUGACGGUGCCACCUGCUCCCGGCACUGGUGGCAGUGGCUAUCAUGCACCACAUGCCGUCCACCUGCUCCAUCGCCAGCAUAAUGGCAGCGACGAGCAUCGGGAAGUGGGUCGCAGGCACAGCUCCGAAUCUUUGGGUUUUGAUCUAAUCGAUUUUAUAACUGGUGAUGAUGAUGAUGAUGAUGAUGGUGAUUAUGAUGAUGAUGAUGACAAUGUUGUGGUAAAGAUUAAAACUGCGCUGAAGAAGAAGAAGAGGAAGGAGCAGCAUAAGGAGAGCAGCGAGAUGCAAUCGGGCGUUGGGCAGGAGAACAGCAGCUCAGCGGAGGAGAGUGCCGACUUUGGUGCAAUGGAGGAGUUGCCAAUGGGCAACAAUAUCACAAAUACCACAGGCGUGAUGGAGACGCAGUCGAAUGAGGUAAAGCAGCCGACGGAGGCGGACUCACUGGAAUCGCUGGAAUUGCAGGAAACGCCAUCAAGCAGCAAGAAUAGCGUAAGCAAAAAGCGCAUCAGACGACGACCAGGUGGCGAUGAGUACUACGACGAUGAUGAGGGGGAUGAUGAUGAGGAAGAUAUGGAUUCCGAUGCCGAUUCCUAUUCGGAUACGGGCAUUGGCAGCUUCUUUCGCAUGAUCUUCUAUCCGGUGCAGGUGGCGAUGGCGCGCAUCUUUGAUGGCUUCGCGGGCCAGUCGGAUGACGAUGUGGCGCCCACAACGCAACCCAAAUAUCCCAGCUAUACACUCUAUCACAGUAACAAUGCACUGGCCGACGAGGAUGAUGAUUCCGAUGGGGAUGCGGAUGAGGAUGAUGAGAGUGGCUCACUGAGCGGCUGGCUUAGCUCCUGGUUUGGGCUGCGGCGACGCACUAAAAGGAUUGGCAGCACCACAACGAUGCCAGCGACACUGCCAACGCCAGCACCGCAACAGGCAACCAAGGAGCCAGCCGGCUGGCUCGAGUCCUGGUUCGGAUUUGGCAAGACAACAACAACUGAAUCAUCCAGCGAAGAAACCGACUAUGACAAGUGGUUUGCUGGCUGGUUUGAUACGACGCCCAAGCCGAAGGCACGUCGUAAAAAAACGACGACAACGACGACAACAACGACAACGCUACCGACGCCGCAGGUGCCAAUUUUGACGAUUGUGGAUCCGUUGCGUAAUCCACAGAACUGGAUUGGUAUAUUGGCGCAUCACAUUGUGAAUGCAACGGGCAAUGGUGGCACCUCAAGCACAACCAGCAAUCCGCUGCUGCAGGCCCUUGUGACGCGUGUCACCAGUCAAACAACGACACCAACAGCAGCAACAGCAACAACAACAACAUCAUCGGCACAUCGGGAUGGGAUGCCACGAAGGAUUAGCUACGAUAAGUAUCAGAUCUGGCGACUGAAGCCACAGGACGAGCCCCAGCUACGAGCACUCGAACAGUUUAAGAAGGGCGAGGAUGGCAACAAGCUGCAGUGGCUGAAAGGACCUAGCCUAAGGGGACUCACCGAUGUGCUCGUGCCGCCAAAGAUGCUGGUUGACUUUCAGGGCACACUCGAUUUUGAGAAAAUAACGCACGAGGUGCUCAUCUUUGACGUGGGCAAGGCGAUCGCGUAUGAGCGCAACAAGGACGACUAUAUGUAUCAGAGGCCCACGGUCACGAGGAGACCCACUAAACAGCCGGUGGCAGCACCGACGAUGACCUGGAACAAGUACUACGAUCACGAUGACAUACUCAAGUAUCUAGAGACGAUGCGUAUGCGGCACACACAUCUCGUGGAGCUGAUACACAUUGGUCGCUCCUACGAGGGUCGGCCGCUGAUCGUCGUCAAGAUCGAGUCCAAGCAGAUGGCUGCGGCGGCCACAGCCGCUGCUGCUGCCAGCCACAAGCGUUUGAAGCACAAGCGUCGUUCCGGACGCGCCAAUGCUGUGUUCAUUGAGGCCGGUGCCCAGGGUAUGGCCUGGAUUGGACCCGCCUCGGCUACAUGGAUGAUCAGCGAACUGUUGCGUUUGAUGCGCACAAACAAGACCGAUGAGGAGCACGAGAUUAUACGGAAUACGACGUGGUACAUAAUGCCCGUGCUAAAUCCGGAUGGAUACGCGUUUAGUCAUGAGUACGAUCGCUUCUGGAAGAAGUCGCGUUCGCAGCAUGUGGCAAAGGCGCCAGCGGGAUUGUUGGGCUCGGCGAUGACGUGGCUGCAACAGAAGCGGCCUAGUGACAAGAUCUGCUAUGGCGUCGAUCUGGAUCGCAAUUGGCUAUAUCAAUGGGGCAAGCGGGGCAGCUCCAAGGCGCCCUGCAACGAAUUCUAUGCCGGUCCAUCGCCCUUCUCGGAGCCCGAAACGAAAGCGGUGUCCGACUUUCUCAUGGAUUAUCGCACACAGAUCAAGAUGUACAUUUCGUUGCAGGCCUAUGGCCAGGUGGUAUCCUAUCCGGUCAAAGCCAAUUCUACAUUCAACACGGAGCGCAUGGAUGAUUUUCUGGACGUGGCCAUGGUGGGCAGCGAUGUGUUACGCAAGAAGGGCAGCAAAACUCGCUACAAGGUCGACUCCUCCAACGACCUGAUUGAGCAGCGUUCGGGCUGUUCGGAUGCAUUUGCCGCAUAUGAGAUUGGGAUACCAUUCAGCUUUACGCUCCAGCUGGCGGACAAUGGUGUCCAUGGCUACCUAUUGCCCAGCGGUGCCAUUGAGGCAACUGCGCGGGAUGCCUUCGAUAUAAUUAGCGGCAUGCUGGACUACAUCUGAGUCCAGCUGGUGUGGUGCACAUGUAAAUACCUGUAUACACAUAAAAUAUACAAUAUACAAUAUACAAAAUACACAUACAGUUGCGGUCAAGAUAAUAGUACGUGUGCUCAAUUUAAAAACUUCGACUUUUGUUGCUAAUCAUUUUACAGCUAUGCCAUCAUUAAAUGUUUACUUAUCUUCUGUAAUGAUCGUGUUGCUUGUCUUCAGAUACAUUUUUUU